AUGCUGCCAAGCAGCCAUGUCAAGGUCAAUGAAUUUGAGCAAAAAGGGGACGAUCCUUCAACAAGGGUGGCCGAGCCUGAUUACAUGGAGAUGGAAGGCCAUCAAGUACGAGAAGAGUUGGAAGAAUUAGAUCGGGAAUUGGCCAUCCUGAGAGAAGGCCCCUUUGGACCCAACAGCGAAUUCAUGCGCUCCUUUCCUCCGGAUGAGAGAGAAGCAUUGCUGAAGGCCUUGGAGGAGGAGGGCGUUAUGCCUCCCACGACCGAGGACCUGAUUAGCGACGAAGAACUUGAAGAGCUUGCGAGAGAUGAAGAAGGCACAAAGCGUUCGGCUAAGGCUAAGAAUUCAUUGAAGGUCACAUUGAGCAUACCGACGACUCACAAAAUAUAUGUCAAGCGUUUCAACAAGGCUCUGCAAGAAGCCGAAAAGACUAAUGCGGAUGAGAAGUCUUAUUUUGCGUUAUGGAAGUGGUAUCUCAGAUGCCAGCAACACAUCUCAAACUUUGCCGCCAUCAUCUCUGAAGAUGUCUGGCAUUUCCUGUGGAAAACCCAAAGCACCAAGUACUAUCGGCCGAGGCAUCUUCAGAUGCUGGCAAGGGAUAUGAUGAGCGCAGACAUUCAAUUCGAAGACAAAGAGUUGGUGCAGUAUAUCGAUGCUCUCCAAGCAGUCGGAGAUUUUGCGACCGCUGCAGAAGCUUGGGAGGAACACAAAACUCGUCUGGGAAAUAAACCAGACCUUGCGGCAACUUUCUGGAUGACCGGUGUUCGAAUAUAUGUCGAUCUAGGAAAGCCUCAGAAAGCACAGAGCAUUGCCUUUGAAUGCUACAACUAUACUACCUUGGUAGAUCCCGAGGUCUUGGUCCUGGUCAUAUCGGCCUGGGCAAAAAGUCAGAAUGGUUUCGCGCCAACCAAAACCUGGUGGUGUUACCUCGAACUGCGUCGAAUAUUGGAGCGAAAUGAAGAAGACGGCCAGAAGAUCUUGAAUAUACUGGGCAGGAUCAGCGGAACCUUGCUCGAAGCCGGGCGGACUGAACUCGCGCUUGCAGUAUUCAAAGACAUGUAUCUCUUCAAACACAAGAAAGCAAAUGACUCAUGGAGCUUUUUCAAAGAUAUGGUCGAAACACUUCAAGAUACGCAACUACCCGGAGAGGAUCUCAUCAACAAAGUCGGCCUCGCAUCAUUUGUCUUCUUGCCGCGCUCGUACCAGAACAAGUUCUUUUUUGGGUCUUGGAUCAAGUGGCUCAUUGGAGCAGAUCGAGUCGAUGAGGCUGCCGUAGUAGUCGAGCUCAUGUAUGAACGUGGUGUGAAACCUGAUGCUGGACACCUCAAUGGCCUCAUUGCAGGGUAUCUUCGUGAGGGAUCGCCCACUGCCCGUCAGACCGCGGAGAGUACGGCAUGGAGCAUGAUACAAGCCCGUGUUGACAUGGUACGUAAGCGAGAUAUACAACGGAAUGAAAAUGCAUCGACAGCACCAGAAGAACCGUCUUCAGUGCAGAGACGGACUCCCUCAUUUCUACGGCGAGGAGCACCCCCUGCGACUGUCGAGACGUUUUCGAUCUUGCUUCAGUACUAUACACGCCGGUCGGAAUUGGCGAAAGCUGGUGAGCUAACCGAUGUUAUGAUCGGUUCCGCAGACAUCAAACCAAACUCAUUCAUCAUGAAUCACUGGCUCUAUGCCUCUUUACGCUCGGGCGACGCUCACGAGGUCUGGACAAAGUACAUCGCAUUGACCGAGACUAUCGAACCAGACCUCGAGACGUUCGCCGCGCUCUGGGACACAGCCAAGGCUUCUUACGCUGCGGCUGCAACCGGCGACAAAGGGUUUCCCGGUGCACGAAGAGUGUUUGCGGAAAUGCAAGGGUGGAUCGCCUCGGCUAGCAGCCAGAGGAGAAAUGCUGCCCAGAAUGAUUUCUCGCACGAACUGUACGAGCAAAUCAUUCGCUGUUUCUGUUUAUCGUCCGACGCGAAGGGCGUCCUCUGUGCUAUGUACGGCCUGCGAGAAUCGUUCGGAGCACUGCCUCAAGAGGAAGCGAUGCGCUUGAUUCUCAUUUCUGUAGCCCGGUCCUUUGGAGUGGACUUUACCAGCCACCUGCAUACACGAGACAGAGGAUUGAGAGCAUCAAGAAAGUCACAAUAUCAAGGUGCCUUGCAUACUCUUACCAAUAUUUUUGUGUCCAUAUUGGACAGGAAACUCGUCGAUGCGGACAUGGAUCCUGAAGAACUUGGGGACGCUGAGAGCCCGCAAGCUCAGGAACUUCGGCUGGACGCGUUGAGCACGUUUCUCUGCAUGGUCAUUGAGAGGAAGCUGGAACGGGGUGACAGCCUGCUCGAGAAUGUCUCACACGUGGCUGACGAAAUGAAUGUUUCAAUCCCAGAGGAGGUUCUAACCCGGCACGACUGGCCUGGGAAUUUAUGA